AGUUUUUAACUUAAAGCUGUCCGAGAGGCUGCGCUUUCUAGUGCAGCUCCAGGCACUGCCAGGGCACAGAACAAGGCAACAAAAUGGAAUCAAAACUACUUUACUUCUUGCGCAUUUGUCUGCCUCUCUCUUUAUUCUUCACCUAUUCCGCUUCUUGCCCCAGUCGAUGUCUCUGUUUUAGAACCACCAUUCGAUGUAUGCACUUGAUGUUGGACCACAUCCCCAAAGUGCCACCACAGACUGCUAUCUUAGACCUCCGAUUCAACAGAAUAAGAGAAAUAACACCUGGAGCAUUUAAAAAAUUGAAGAACCUGAACACCUUGUUACUGAACAAUAACCACAUUAAGAGGGUUCCUAGAAAAGCAUUUGAUGACCUGGACAAUCUGAAAUACCUCUACCUAUACAAGAAUGAAAUCCAUGCAAUAGAUAAGCAGGCAUUUAAAGGUUUGGUGUCCCUGGAGCAGCUAUACAUUCACUUCAACCACAUAGAAACACUAGAUCCAGAAACAUUUAGUGACCUUCACAAACUAGAAAGAUUAUUUCUUCAUAAUAAUAAACUGUCUAGGAUCCCAGCAGGAACCUUUGAUAAUUUGGAAUCAAUACAAAGACUUCGUUUGGAUUCUAAUGGCCUAGUGUGUGACUGUGAAUUAAUGUGGUUGGCUGAACUGAUGAAAGAAUAUGCAAAGAAUGGCAACACUCAAGCAGCAGCCACCUGUGAACAUCCCAGGAGGUUACAGGGCAGGUCUGUUGCCACAGUAACAACAGAAGAGUUCAACUGCGAAAGGCCCCGCAUUACCUCAGAGCCCCAGAAUACAGAUGUAUCACCGGGAAAUACUGUCCGCUUUACAUGCAGAGCUGAGGGGAAUCCUAAACCUGAGAUAAUCUGGCUUCACAACAACAAUGAAAUUAAUAUGAGAGAUGAUGUUCGUCUGAACUUGCUGGUGGAUGGGACCCUAAUGAUUCAAGAUACGAGAGAGUCUGACCAGGGCACUUACCAAUGCAUGGCCAAAAAUGUUGCUGGAGAGACCAAAACCCAAGGAGUUCUGCUGAGAUACUUUGGUACCCCAACCAAACCCAGUUUUGUGAUACAGCCACAGAACACAGAGGUGCGGGUUGGUGCCAGCAUUACCUUGGAAUGCAGUGCUACAGGGCACCCCCAGCCACAAAUCACCUGGAGCAGAGGAAAUGGAAAUCUCAGAAACAACUCCCGGUACACUAUCACCUUAUCAGGAGGUCUCUUUAUUCAGAAUGUAUCUUUGGAAGACCACGGUCAGUUUAUUUGCCAUGCCAGUAAUGACCAGGACUCCAUUCAGGCAUCAUCACAAAUCAUUGUUCAAGCUCCCCCGAGGUUUACAGUGACUCCCAGUGAUCAAGUUGUGAUAGAAGAUCACUCUGUAGACUUUGAAUGUGCAGCUGUUGGAAAUCCACCUCCUGUCAUUGCCUGGACCAAAGCAGGGGCUCAGCUGCCCAAUGACAGACGGCAUGCUGUGUUGUCAUCGGGUACCCUGCGGAUCAUUCAUGUGGCCCUACACGAUCAGGGGCAAUAUGAAUGCCAGGCAGUCAGUGUGGCUGGAGUGAAGAGAUUGCCGGUGCAGCUGACUGUGCAACCCAAAGCCCUGCCAUUGUUUACCCAUGAGCCACAAGAUGCUGUGGCUGAAGUGGGCCAGGAUGUGGAGAUACCCUGUAGUGCUGAAGGAGAACCUCAGCCUUCCAUUACCUGGACAAAAGAUGGUGUUCAAAUCACAGAAAGUGGAAAGUUCCGUGUCAGCACUGAAGGAACUCUUACUAUUACGGAUAUUGGUCAAGCAGACAGGGGGAGGUAUGAGUGUAUGGCACGGAAUACCAUUGGUCAGUCAACAACUAGCAUGGUGCUAAGCAUUACAGUUCGAGAGGGAAAGCGUGUGGGUGACAGCUUUGUUGAACCAUCCUUUCAUGAUGCAACUCAAAGGGUUGACAGUGCAAUCAAUUCCACCCGCAGAGAUUUAUUUGACAAGCGUCCUCGUACUCCGAAUGACAUACUGGCACUAUUCCGCUACCCCCGAGACCCUUUCACCAUUGAGACAGCAAGGGCAGGAGAGAUUUUUGAACAAACCCUCUUUCUGAUCCAAGAACAUGUGAAACAAGGGCUAACUGUAGAUCUCAAUGGCACAGAAUUCCGCUACAAUGACCUAGUUUCCCCACACUACCUUGACCUCAUCGCCAAUCUUUCAGGCUGCACUGCUCACCGACGCUUCCCAAAUUGCUCAGACAUCUGUUUCCAUCAAAAGUACAGAACCCAUGAUGGCACCUGUAACAACCUUCAACAUCCCAUGUGGGGUUCUUCCCUGACAGCUUUUGAGAGAAUCCUUAAACCUGUCUAUGAGAAUGGUUUCAGCCUUCCCAGAGGGGUCGGCGAAAACAGCAUGUACAAUGGCCAUCAUUUACCAAUGCCACGUCUGGUCUCCACAGCCAUGGUCGGCACUGAGGCCAUAACUGCUGACGACCGCUUUACACAUAUGCUGAUGCAGUGGGGUCAGUUCUUGGAUCAUGAUCUGGACCAGACUGUUGCUGCUCUAAGCAUGUCACGGUUCUCUGAUGGACAGCCCUGCAGCUCUGCAUGUUCUAAUGACCCCCCCUGUUUUCCCAUCAUGAUCCCUGAAAAUGACCCGCGUGUCCGGAAUGCCAGGUGUAUGUUCUUUGUCCGCUCCAGCCCAGUCUGUGGCAGUGGAAUGACCUCAGUUCUUAUGAACUCUGUGUAUGCCAGAGAACAGAUUAACCAUCUUACCUCAUAUAUUGACGCCUCCAAUGUGUAUGGAAGCAGUGAGCGUGAGUCUGAAGAGCUACGUGACUUCUCCAACCAGCGUGGCCUUUUAAAGCAAGGCAUGGAAGUGUCAGGAUCUGGAAAACAUCUGCUGCCAUUUGCAAUAGGACCACCCAUUGAGUGUAUGAGGGAUGAGAAUGAAAGCCCUAUCCCAUGCUUCCUCGCUGGGGAUCACCGAGCCAACGAGCAGCUGGGCCUGACUGCCAUGCACACUCUGUGGUUCAGGGAGCACAACCGCGUUGCACGAGAGCUGCUAAAACUGAAUCCCCAUUGGGACGGGGAUACAGUAUAUCAUGAAACCAGAAAAAUUUUAGGUGCCCAAAUGCAGCACAUCACCUACCAGCACUGGUUACCCAAAAUCUUGGGGGAGGUGGGUAUGAAGCUUAUGGGGAAAUACAAGAGCUAUGACCCAAAUGUAAAUGGGGGCAUACUCAAUGCUUUUGCUACUGCUGCUUUCAGGUUUGGACACACUCUGAUAAACCCAAUUCUGUAUCGUUUAAAUGAGACAUUUGGGGAAAUCCCACAGGGGCACAUUCCUCUCCACAAGGCUUUCUUCUCACCUUUUAGGAUUGUCCAGGAAGGUGGCAUAGACCCACUCCUGCGAGGUCUCUUUGGAGUAGCUGGUAAAAUGCGGGUUCCUUCUCAACUUCUGAACAUGGAGUUGACAGAGAGACUGUUUUCCAUGGCCCACUCGGUGGCUCUGGACUUGGCAGCCAUGAAUAUCCAGAGAGGCCGUGAUCAUGGGAUCCCUCCGUACAAGGACUACAGGGUUUUCUGUAACCUAACCUCUGUUCAGGAAUUUGAAGACCUGAAGAAUGAGAUUAAAAACCCAGAAAUUAGAGAAAAACUUAAAAGGUUGUAUGGUACACCCUUAAAUAUUGACCUUUGGCCUGCAAUGAUGGUGGAGGAUCUUAUUCCUGGAACUAGAGUGGGGCCAGCCCUCAUGUGUCUGUUUGUUACACAGUUUCAGCGACUCAGGAAUGGAGACAGGUUAUGGUAUGAAAACCCAGGCGUGUUUACCCCAGCUCAGCUCACACAGCUUAAACAGGCCUCCUUAGCUCGUGUCCUGUGUGACAAUGGGGAUAAUAUCAAACAAGUCCAGCCUGAUGUCUUCUUAAAAGCGGAUUACCCUCAAGGAUAUGUGUCCUGUGAGGAGAUCAGCAAGAUUGAUCUGAGAAUGUGGCAGGAUUGCUGCGAUGAUUGUAGAUCCCGGGGACAGUUCAGUGCACUGUCCCAACACUUCCACAGCAAACGCUCUGCAGACCACAGCUAUCCUCUAGAGAAACAACAGGGAGAUGUAUGGGAAAAUAAAAAGCAAAAAAGUUUCAGAUAUAAAGAAGUAAUGGAAACAAUCAAUAAUAUCACUGAUUACACAGAGGAAAAUCAAUUGGACUCAGCUCAGGAUUUCAGAAGCUUUAUGACUGAAAUGCAGAGGACAAUAUCUUCUUUCAGAAAACAGAUAAACAAACUGGAGACUCGACUGAAAAAGGAUGGCUGCAUGGAUGAAAGUGGAAUCCAUAGAAAAGAAGGUGAACAAUGGGCAAAGGAAAUAUGCACCAGCUGUCACUGUGAGAAUGGACAGAUUACAUGUUUUGUAGAAACCUGUCCUCCAGCAGAGUGUUUGAAGCCCUUCAGAGUGAAUGACAGAUGUUGCCCUGUUUGUUCAGUGCCUGAAAAAGGAACUGGGUCUUCAGUCGGAAACUUAUAAAGACAGGAUGCAGAUGAUUGGUCAUCAACUUGCAUUGUCUACUGAUGUUCACAAGAAUCUGUCAAGCAGUUAUUGUUAAUGCUUACUGUAUGCACCAAGUCAUCAGAACUAUACUUGUGAAAAACAGGGAGGAUUCAUGAAUUCUUCCUUUUACUAUUGACAUCUUUUCUGCCAUUGCCAAAAUAAAAGUAAAUUUUAGCUGAAAGACUGCAGAGUUACUCCCAAAGGUAGCAUUAUGUGGUUGGCUUUUUUUAAGUAGAGUAGUUUUUUUUAUAAUUAUUAUUAAUAUUAGUUAUUGUUAUUACAUAGUGCAUCACACACAGGAUUAGCAAAAUCGUUUUUUUCUGACUAAAAAGUUGAGAUUAAGAAAAUAACUUAAAAUUACAUUAACUAAGUAUUGUUCAUUGACUAGCAAGGCAGUAGUUAACUAUAAUAAAGUGUUACAGUAAAAAUAUUCAUGGAAGCAACUCCUAUGGCAGAUAUUUCCAUCCUCGAGGCUCAUGAUUUAUACAACGAAAAUGUAUUUAUUGUAAUUUGCAUAUAAUAUUAAUAUAUACCGCAUUGAAAGUCACAUUUAAAACCAAUUCUGUAUGAUAAAUGGGUUCAAAAGUCACAGGUCAGUUUUAUUAAAAUGCGCCACAGGGUGAAUUUGUCAGAAUUUGAAAUAGCAUUUCCUGAUAAUGAGAACAUAUACUGUAAAUGUCAUAAUGUGGCAUUUGAUACUAAUUUAAAAAAAAAAAAAAAAACGUUUCAAACUGAUUUUUUAAAUAUACGUUAUUAUUCAUAAAAUGUAAUAUGCAUUGCAUUUUAAACAUAUGAAUACUGGAUAGAAGUGUGAGAUUGUUUGCAGUAAAUUGCAGAACUGGUUACUCAGACUACAGUAGACAUUUCAAUGGCAGGUCUUCCUGAAGCUGUUUAAAUUCAUGAUGGGGAACACUGUAAAAACACUGACAUUCUUUCUGAUAUUGCCUGUGAAAUACCUGUACCUCAUAACAACACAAAGCCAGGGAUAUUCGACAACAAUUGGUGCUAAGUGUCAUGCCUCAAAAAUAAAUAGUAUAAAUAUAUAUUUCUGUGUAUUUUUUAUAAGUGACUAUACGCAAAUACUGUACCAUGUUAAGAUGUGUAAAGAUUAGUUUUCAACUACAACUAUGACACAAGUGUCUUACAUAACACUAUAGUUGAAAUGCAAAGCAGUGCAUCUGAAAAGUGUCUCUGGGCCAGAAUUGUAUUUUGUGCAACAGAUUGCAAUACAUUUUUAAUAUGGCUUUGUACUACAGUAUUUUCCCAGAAAAAAAGUGCUAGGUUAUUUAAUAAAACAACAUAUUUUGUAUUUUACGGGAUACAGGACAGAUUAUAAGGGAUAUUAAUGCAUUAUAUUUUUUGUAUGACAAAAAUAUUUUUUCAUUAACAUACUGUAUGUAUAGGUAUGCUGACACAACUAUGUUCAGCAAAAAACAUUAAAUAAAAUUGACUGUACCACUGUAAGCAUAAUGUGCAGUGAAAAACAAUUCUGGUUUCCAAAUUUAAAUGGUACUGUAACAGUGCUUUGUGCAUAAACAUUUAUCAUAUUGUAUAUAUUUUGACAAUAAAGAUUUAUUUUGAAAUUUGAAA